GCGUCAUUCGCCGCUCUGACGCAACCAUCGCCUCCGCCUGACCGCCCGCCUGGCUCCAAAAAUCAGUCAAUCAAGAUCUAAAAGCCCACCAACUCCUCCCGGCGGUGUGCAGGAAGCGGAUGUUGGCGGUUGUUUAAUGGUUGCCCACAGCGAUGGAGGGGUCGGUCUCCCUGUGGAUGGUUUGGGGAUGGUUCCUCGUCCAGGGGCCGCCCGGCGCGGUGCUUGAAGUGCGAGCUGAUAAAUUCGCGGAACGAACCAGCACUUCGAGCCUCUUCGGCCCCAUCUCCGGCAGCACCGAAAAUCCCACGCAUCCAACAAACCCUAAACCGACCACUCAAGUGGCCCCAAAGGCGGCUCUGCCCCGGACAAAUACCUUGCCAGAUCUUAAAGUAAACGUUCGUACUUUGUGUGUCUGUAACUUACUAGUUGGACGAUGUGAUAUAAAUUGCUGCUGUGAUCCAGACUGCUCAUCAUCAGAUCUGUCUACUUUCUCAACCUGUGAUGUUCAUAUUGUCACGGGUGACAAUGAACUUUGCAGACAAGAUGCAGCAAUGUACUCUACAAAUAGUAGUGAAGUUGUGACUUUGAUCAACCCCAGCCUAUUUUGCAUUGAGACAAACAACUAUAAGAAAGGCUCAUCCUUUUUUGCCCCAGAAGUGCCAAAUACUAGUAAUUUUAACAGCUUAAUGAAACAGUUUGGUGGUUUUUCCUUUAGUACCGAUAAAGCGCCUCCAACUCUGUCACCUACAAGUGCAUCCAGUUCAACUUCAAGUAGUUAUCAGUAUGGUAUGCCUAUUAAAGUCAGAGGAGGUUAUCUGAAGCUUCCUGCUCCUUUGGUAACAGCUACAUGCACUGACAACAACCCUGCAGCUUUUUUGAUAGAUCAAACAACACAUUGCAGUCGAAGGAUACAGAAAUCAACAAACUGCACAAGUCUUCCAGCAUUCAGUAUAAACAAUUAUCUGAAUGUAAAAAUUCUUCCAAGCCCUAAUGCAAAUUUGAAUAGUGGAAUCCCAGUCUUUCUUAGCUCUAUAAUUUUGAAAUCUCUAAAUGGAACAUUAAUACGCCUGAAAGACUUUGCUGUUAAUAACUGGUUACCCAACCAAGAUGUUAAUAUGUGCAGAAAUAUUGUGCUAGAGGUGGAAUAUAUUAUUGUGUAUAACAGUAAAGGGACCAUUGUAAAUGCAUCGGCUGCUCUUGUUCUUGGAACUAUUGAAAGUAGCUUGGUACCAGUGCAACAACGCUUCCAGAUUAAAUUCAUUCAGGAAAACACAGUGGGGGUUCCCUUCAGUGGGAAUCCUGGCUAUGUUGUUGGACUCCCUCUAGUGGCUGGAUUUGGACCAAAUGCCACUGUUGGUAUAAUUCAAAGCAGAAACAGAUUUGGGCAGCUGACAGUCAUGAAGAGUUCAGCCAAUCAAGAUUGUCUACAGAUGGUAGGGUUCCGGACGCCGGUACUUUUUGGAUACAACUUAAACUCUGGCUGCAUUAUGCGAAGGGUGUGUUCCACUAACAGCGGCAGCACAUGUGCAGAGAUGGGCUCUGUUUCUUGGAGGACUCAAGUUACAAGGUAGAAUUCAAGAGGACAACCAAUCACGGAAAUGCUGAUGGAUUGUCCUGUUUACCCUUGGAAAUACAUGAAAAUUUUACAAAAACGGACACUCCUUUUGACGUAUUCUCCCUAACACAAAUCAAAAAUCUCUCUACCUUGGCAGGGAUGAUCCAAAGGAAAACCAGAAAAGACCCUGCACUGUCUCAGAUCUGCAUGGACACCCAAAAUGGCUGGAAUGUGCAGCAGAAAUUCCAGUUCCCCCACUUUUGCCAGUGCCAGGAUGAACUUGCUCGACGCGAGUUGCCCUAUGUGGAGAGUUGUUGUACCAUCCAAGCUAAGAGCUAAGGUGUUGAAGGAGCUACAAGCUAGUCAUCUAGGUGUGGUCAAAAUGAAAGCUUUGUCUAGUGGCCUAGGAUAGAUAGCAGAUCGAGCAGUUUGCCAUGCACUGUUCAGGAUGCCAAUACGUCCAGAAGAAAGGUAAUCAGAACUGUCAGAACUACUUCCUGUAGUCCCAGAGUCAACUCCUACAACCACCAUGGAUGAGGGCCCAGAACGUGAGAUCAUUUCACAGCCACAAGUCUCUCCUGCCAAGCAAAGCAACCUCCCUUGUCAGGAAAGACAUUAUCCUACAAGAGUAAGAAAUCCUUCACAGCGAUUAACUCGUUAGGCCUGAAUGUGGCCAUUUCAAAUUUGCUAUGCUGUGGAUGUCUAUAUAGUAGUUGUAUGAUAUAAUAUACCAUGUAUAUUGUUGAGAAGAAUUCUAUAUUGAGUUGGAGUGUAUAACUAAGUAGGGAGGAGUGUUGUGUAUUUAAUAUUUGAGUAAUAUUGUAAAUAUUGUCAGAUUAAACAUUUUUUAUUUGUUUAAAUAAUUAACUGUGGGUUAUGUGUAAAAGUACGUGAAUGGCUUACGUCAUGAUGCCACCACGUCAGAAGUGGGCACCUCACAAAGUAAUAAUGAAUCAUGCCCCCGGUCUUGCUGUGUUUUUCUUUUGAUUAGUUUUAUGUUUUACAGUUAAGAAACAUAACAAGACCUACCACUAACUCACCGACAAAGCUGAAUUUUCCUCCUAUUAUCUAUGUUAGGGAUAUAUCUAGCUCACCUUUCUCAGGUAAAACAUCAGCAAUGGAAGGAAUUAAGAGAGGAGGCACAGCUUUCUGUACAAUUUUACCAGGACAUCCACAGCCAAACAGUGGAAAUGAUAGUAGAAUUGAGACACUCAAUUUACCCAUAAAUUUACACAGAAUAUCCCUUGCUAUUCCAGUAUGGUUAAAAGCACCAGCAAAGGCUCCAGUCUUUACCAACUACCUCUCACUAUUUGUAGCUCUUCUAGCUGAGCAACCUUCCUGUUCCUCUUUGUUGCAGCAGCUUUAACAAGUACUUCUGCAGCAUCACCACAGCUUAUUUUACACCAGAAAUCUUGUGAGCCUGCUGUGAGUGUGUGAUAUCAUCUAAUCCCAGGAAAAUCAAAGUAUAUUACACCUGUGCUGGAGGGGCUCCAUUACUCAACAGAGAAAAAGAGUGAGAUAAUGUUUCUAAGCUUGAGUUGUGCUUGCCUCCCUCACUUCCUUCCUCUGCCAAUGAUUACCCAAGGUAGGUGGAGAUGAACUGGUUAGAUAUAGCACCACUGCAUAUGGAGAAGUAAAAUAUGCUUCACUCGGGCUUGGUGGUAGGCCUUCCUACCAAGAGUUUGAUUUGCCGAGCAGCUAGUGUAUACAAUGAAAAAUUUUUAAUGGAUUCAUACAAAUUUAUAAAACACAUUUCUACGUUUGAUUUGCUUGGGUGUUCUGUGAUGGAAUUCGUGAGUAAUGCUUAUAUUGUAUUGCUCUGUGAUAGUUAUUUCUGUUAUUUUAGGAAGGUAUCUAUCAUAUUAUGCGAUUGUAGCAUGUAGCAAAGAAUGGUUAAUAGGCAAGGGAUGAUGAUGUAAAAGAAGUUCUUAAUGGGAGAAAUAAAAUUAAGGUUUAGAGGACUGUACAAAACUUGAAUUGAAGUAGCAUUAAAGACCAAAGACAAGCAAUGGGGAAUGUGGGAUCAUAAUUAUAAAAUUAAUAGGUCACUGAAAACCUAAAUAUUUUGGGCCAAGUCAUUGUGACAUAGUACUGACAAUUGAGUUGAAGUUUUGGACUAUGGCACUAUUAAAGAUUGUUACUCAACCUCAAG